UUGAAUAUUUCAUUCCAUUUCCUGUCACUACUCUCUCAUGUCCCUCUCUUUUUCUUCUUUUCCCCCUGUAGAUCUUUGUGUCUUUGCUUGAGCAAGAGUUUUAGGGUUCCGUCGCUGCUCGGGAUCUCGCAGCGAUUUGAAUCCCCGAUUUUGAGUUUUGGUUUUGACUUUCUAUUGAGAAUUCCGCAGAUCUGAUUUGUCGAUAUUCAGAAGUCUCCCUGAGCAACCAUGGCUGCCGCGAACGCCCCGAUUGCCAUGAAAGAGGUCUUAACUUUGCCAAGCGUCGGGAUUAGUCAGCAAUUUAUCACAUUUACAAAUGUUACGAUGGAAUCCGAUAAAUAUAUUUGUGUACGGGAAACAGCCCCUCAGAAUAGCGUUGUCAUUAUUGACAUGAAUAUGCCAAUGCAGCCUUUGAGGAGGCCUAUUACGGCAGAUUCAGCUCUCAUGAAUCCAAACUCAGGAAUCCUUGCUCUGAAAGCUCAACUUCCGGGAACUACCCAAGAUCACUUACAGAUAUUUAACAUUGAGAUGAAGGCGAAGGUGAAAUCACAUCAGAUGCCUGAGCAGAUUGUCUUUUGGAAGUGGAUCACACCAAAGAUGUUGGGCCUAGUCACACAGACAUCUGUAUAUCAUUGGUCAAUUGAAGGGGAUUCUGAACCUGCAAAGGUGUUUGAGAGAACAGCAAAUUUGGCAAACAAUCAGAUAAUAAACUAUCGAUGCGAUCCCACAGAGAAGUGGUUGGUUUUGAUUGGAAUUGCACCUGGUUCACCUGAGCGCCAACAAUUGGUUAAGGGAAACAUGCAGCUUUUCUCUGUUGAUCAGCAGCGUAGUCAAGCUCUGGAGGCACAUGCUGCAGCAUUUGCACAAUUUAAGGUCCCGGGGAAUGAGAAUCCUUCUGUUCUCAUAUCUUUUGCUACCAAGACCUUUAAUGCUGGGCAGAUUACAUCAAAGUUACAUGUGAUAGAGCUUGGUGCCCAGCCUGGUAAGCCAUCAUUCACAAAGAAACAGGCUGAUCUUUUCUUCCCUCCUGAUUUUGCUGAUGACUUUCCAGUCGCGAUGCAGGUAUCCCAAAAGUACAGUUUGAUUUACGUGAUCACCAAGCUUGGACUACUAUUUGUUUAUGAUUUGGAGACAGCUACAGCUGUAUACAGAAAUAGAAUUAGUCCAGACCCAAUAUUCUUGACUGCAGAAGCUUCAUCAGCAGGGGGUUUCUAUGCAAUCAAUAGGCGAGGCCAGGUUUUACUGGCUACUGUUAAUGAAGCAACAAUUGUACCCUUUGUCAGUGGUCAACUGAACAAUCUGGAACUUGCGGUCAAUCUCGCGAAAAGAGGGAACCUUCCUGGAGCAGAGAAUCUGGUUGUCCAGCGUUUCCAAGAACUUUUUGCACAAACAAAGUAUAAAGAAGCUGCUGAACUUGCUGCUGAGUCUCCACAGGGAAUCCUUCGUACACCUGACACAGUUGCCAAGUUUCAGAGCGUUCCUGUGCAAGCGGGGCAAACACCACCACUGCUGCAGUACUUCGGUACUCUUCUAACAAGAGGAAAGCUUAAUGCAUUUGAGUCGUUGGAACUGUCACGCCUUGUUGUAAAUCAGAACAAGAAAAAUCUUUUGGAGAAUUGGUUGGCAGAGGACAAGUUGGAAUGUAGCGAGGAACUUGGAGACCUUGUGAAGACCGUGGAUAAUGAUCUUGCGCUGAAAAUAUAUAUCAAGGCUAGAGCAACACCAAAAGUUGUUGCUGCUUUUGCCGAGCGGAGGGAGUUUGACAAAAUUUUGAUUUACUCAAAGCAAGUUGGGUACACACCUGAUUAUUUGUUUCUCCUGCAAACUAUUCUCCGUGCAGAUCCCCAGGGAGCUGUUAACUUUGCAUUGAUGAUGUCGCAAAUGGAGGGAGGCUGUCCAGUUGAUUACAACACCAUUACAGAUCUUUUUCUACAGAGGAAUUUGAUCCGUGAAGCAACUGCAUUUCUGUUAGAUGUUUUGAAGCCUAAUCUACCUGAACACGGUUAUCUUCAAACAAAGGUCCUGGAAAUUAAUCUUGUAACUUUCCCCAAUGUAGCUGAUGCUAUUUUAGCUAAUGGAAUGUUCAGUCACUAUGAUCGUCCUCGUAUUGCUCAACUAUGUGAAAAGGCUGGUCUUUAUGUGCGAGCUUUGCAGCACUAUUCGGAGUUGCCUGAUAUUAAACGUGUCAUCGUAAAUACUCAUGCAAUUGAGCCUCAGGCACUUGUUGAAUUUUUUGGGACUCUUUCACGGGAAUGGGCUUUGGAGUGCAUGAAGGACCUCCUUCUUGUCAAUCUGAGAGGCAAUCUUCAGAUAAUUGUGCAGGUUGCAAAAGAAUAUUGUGAGCAGUUGGGUGUUGAUGCAUGCAUUAAGAUUUUUGAGCAAUUCAAGUCAUUUGAGGGGUUGUACUUUUUCCUUGGGUCAUAUUUGAGUUCCAGUGAGGAUCCUGAUAUACAUUUCAAGUACAUUGAGGCUGCCGCCAAGACUGGGCAAAUAAAGGAGGUUGAGCGGGUUACCAGAGAAUCAAAUUUUUAUGAUCCUGAAAAGACGAAGAACUUUCUGAUGGAAGCCAAGCUUCCAGAUGCACGACCAUUGAUCAAUGUUUGUGACCGUUUUGGUUUUGUUCCUGAUCUCACUCACUACUUGUAUUCCAACAACAUGCUUCGUUAUAUUGAAGGUUAUGUUCAGAAGGUGAACCCUGGAAAUGCUCCUUUAGUCGUGGGGCAGCUGCUGGAUGAUGAAUGCCCAGAAGAUUUUAUCAAAGGACUGAUUCUCUCUGUCCGUUCGUUGCUUCCUGUUGAGCCGCUUGUGGAGCAGUGUGAGAAGAGAAAUCGACUUCGAUUACUCACUCAGUUCUUGGAGCAUCUUGUGAGUGAGGGAAGCCAAGAUGUGCAUGUCCACAAUGCCCUGGGUAAAAUUAUUAUUGAGAGCAAUAACAAUCCUGAGCACUUCCUUACAACCAACCCUUACUAUGACUCACGGGUUGUGGGCAAGUACUGUGAGAAACGUGAUCCCACUUUGGCUGUUGUGGCUUACCGUAGAGGACAAUGUGAUGAUGAACUUAUUAAUGUGACAAACAAGAACUCUUUGUUUAAGUUGCAAGCCAGAUAUGUCGUUGAAAGGAUGGAUGGUGAUCUUUGGGCGAAGGUCCUUGAUCCAGAGAAUGAAUAUAGAAGACAACUCAUUGAUCAAGUGGUAUCUACUGCUUUGCCAGAAAGCAAGAGCCCAGAACAAGUUUCGGCAGCUGUUAAAGCUUUUAUGACUGCUGACUUGCCCCAUGAACUAAUUGAACUCCUGGAAAAGAUUGUGCUCCAAAACUCCGCAUUCAGUGGCAAUUUUAAUCUACAGAACCUGCUCAUCUUGACAGCCAUCAAGGCCGACCCACCUAGGGUUAUGGAUUAUAUUAACAGAUUAGAUAACUUUGAUGGGCCUGCAGUUGGGGAGGUAGCUGUAGAAGCCCAACUUUUCGAAGAAGCAUUUGCGAUUUUUAAGAAGUUCAAUUUGAAUGUUCAGGCUGUUAAUGUCUUAUUAGAUAACAUCCACAGCAUUGACCGGGCUGUGGAAUUUGCAUUCCGCGUUGAAGAAGAUGCAGUUUGGAGCCAGGUGGCGAAGGCUCAGCUUAGAGAGGGGCUGGUGAGCGAUGCAAUUGAGUCAUUUAUUCGUGCGGAAGACGCUUCUCAAUUCUUGGAGGUUAUUCGUGCUGCGGAGGAUGCAAAUGUCUACCAUGACUUGGUGAGGUACCUUCUAAUGGUUAGGCAGAAAACGAAGGAGCCCAAGGUAGACAGUGAGCUCAUCUUUGCCUAUGCCAAGAUUGAUAGAUUGAGUGAUAUUGAAGAAUUUAUUCUUAUGCCGAAUGUAGCCAAUCUUCAAAAUGUUGGUGAUCGCUUGUAUGAUGAUGCCCUAUACGAGGCUGCAAAGAUUAUAUUUGCAUUUAUAUCAAACUGGGCCAAGUUGGCUUGCACACUUGUGAAGUUGAAACAGUUUCAGGGUGCCGUUGAUGCAGCACGCAAAGCAAACAGUGCGAAGACAUGGAAGGAAGUUUGCUUUGCUUGUGUUGAUGCGGAGGAGUUCCGUUUGGCUCAGAUUUGUGGACUCAACAUUAUUGUACAGGUUGAUGAUUUGGAGGAGGUCAGCGAAUAUUACCAGAACAGAGGAUGCUUCAACGAGUUAAUUUCUCUCAUGGAGAGUGGUCUAGGGCUAGAACGCGCACACAUGGGCAUUUUCACCGAAUUGGGAGUUCUAUAUGCUAGAUAUCGUCCUGAGAAGCUUAUGGAGCACAUCAAAUUGUUCUCAACACGUCUCAAUAUCCCCAAGCUUAUACGAGCUUGCGAUGAACAACAGCAUUGGAAAGAGCUAACUUAUUUGUACAUACAAUAUGAUGAAUUUGACAAUGCUGCGACGACUAUAAUGAACCAUUCCCCUGAAGCAUGGGAUCACAUGCAAUUCAAAGACGUGGUGGUCAAAGUUGCUAAUGUGGAGCUAUACUACAAGGCAGUGCAUUUUUACCUGCAAGAACAUCCCGAUCUUAUAAAUGAUGUUCUUAAUGUGCUGGCACUUCGGGUUGAUCAUACACGUGUUGUUGACAUCAUGCGGAAGGCUGGUCACCUGCGUCUGGUGAAGCCAUACAUGAUUGCAGUUCAGAGCAACAAUGUGUCUGCUGUAAACGAGGCUUUGAAUGAGAUAUAUAUAGAGGAGGAAGACUAUGAGAGAUUGCGUGAAUCAAUUGAAUUUCAUGACAACUUUGACCAGAUUGGCCUUGCACAGAAAAUUGAGAAACACGAGCUUCUUGAAAUGAGACGGGUUGCUGCUUAUAUUUACAAAAAAGCUGGCCGGUGGAAGCAGUCCAUUGCUUUGUCAAAGAAAGAUAAACUUUACAAGGAUGCCAUGGAGACAGCUUCACAAUCUGGUGAUCGUGAACUUGCAGAGGAGUUGCUUGUUUAUUUCAUUGAGCAGGGCAAGAAGGAAUGCUUCGCAUCAUGCCUCUUCGUUUGUUAUGAUUUAAUACGACCAGACGUUGCUCUAGAGCUUGCCUGGUUUAACAAUAUGAUUGACUUUUCAUUCCCAUAUCUGUUACAGUUUAUUCGUGAAUACACAGGCAAAGUUGAUGAACUUGUGAAGGACAAAAUAGAGGCUCUCAAAGAAGUUAAGGUUAAAGAGCAGGAAGACAAGGAUGUGAUUGCACAGCAGAACAUGUAUGCUCAGUUACUGCCUCUUGCUUUGCCUGCGCCACCAAUGCCAGGCAUGGGAGGACCUGGAAUGGGUGGUGGUUUUGCUCCGCCUCCACCCAUGGGAGGUAUGGGAAUGCCUCCAAUGCCACCUUUUGGCAUGCCACCUAUGGGAAACUACUGACGAAGCCAUUUUGAAGUAGGAAUUCGGUUGUGAAAAAUUUGCACCAAGAAAAGUGACCCAGCUGUGCACCAUUCCAUUCUGCGGUGUUUCCUUGGUUGUGUACCAUCUAUCCUUUUUGCCGUUGUGAUUUAGUUGAAAUAAUAAAAGCAUUUUUGGUCUUAUAUUAGGUGUGUGGAUAUGUAUUUUAAUAUUCUUUUGUAUUAGAGGCAUUUUUGGCUGCUGGUAGACCAAAAAAUACACCAAGAAUAAAAAAAAAAAUCCAAAAACAUCCUCUUUGUUUUUUUUGUUGUGGAUAAAAAAAAACUAGGAUAUGUUUUUGGGUUUAUUAUGCUGCUUUGAGAUAUGUUUAGUCCAUCUUUUUGUGACAUGUUUCAGUCCUCUUUAUUUUGAGAUGGUCCAGAUGGAAUACUGUAAGUUAUGCGUUUUUGUUUAUCAAUGUAUUGUGGUGGCUUCUUACAUCUCAAA